AUGUCCUCGUCCGGAGGCGAGAUCAGCGGGACGUGCUGGUGACGAAGGCGAUCGCGGGUGCUUGACGGGUGUACCGACCACCGCCUCGUCAUCUCGAAGUUGCGUAUUCGCCUACAGCCUCGCAGAAGACAACAAGGUAAGUGACCCCCAGGUAAGCUGAAUGUUGCUUUGUUGUCUUUGCCUGCUCACCGUCUCCAUUUCAGGAAUGAGCUAGCUCAACGGCUAGACAACCUUCCUAUCGCUGCCGCCGCCGACGACGCUGCCACCGCCGCUGCCGAGAACGCCUCCGUAGAGAACCGCUGGUGUCUACUGCGGGACAUAGUCCAGUCGACGGCGGUCGCCGUCCUCGGUCGCGCUCCCCGCCAACACCAGGACUGGUUCGACGACAACGACGCUGCCAUCAGCAAUCUGCUUGCCGAGAAGAACCGCCUACACAAAGCCUACGCAGAUCACCCCACUGAGGACAACAAAGCUGCCUUUUACCGCAGUCGCCGACAGCUUCAGCAACCACUGCGCGAGAUGCAGGACGCCUGGACUGCUCGCAAAGCUGAGGAGAUCCAAGGGUACGCGGACCGCAACGAAUGGAAGAACUUCUUCUCCGCGAUCAAAGCUGUCUACGGUCCGCCGCCGAAGGGCACUGCUCCUCUCCUCAGCGCCGACGACAGCACUCUCCUGACUGAGAAGACGCAAAUCCUGCAGCGAUGGGCCGAGCACUUUCGAGGCGUCCUCAACCGCCCUUCCGUCAUUUCCGACGCCUCCAUCGCCCGCUUGCCGCAAGUAGAGACAAACGUGGACCUCGACCUCCCGCCAUCUCUCCAGGAAACGAUCAGGGCCGUGCAGCAGCUCUCCAGCGGGAAAGCACCCGGAUCGGACGCAAUCCCUGCUGAGGUCUACAAACACGGAGGUCCCCUACUGAUGGAUCAGCUGACUGCGCUCUUCCAGGAGAUGUGGCCUCAAGGUGAAUUCCCGCAAGAUUUCAAGGACGCAACUAUCGUGCACCUUUACAAGCGCAAAGGGAAUCGCCAAGUCUGUGACAAUCACCGCGGCAUCUCCCUACUGAACAUCGGCGGGAAGAUCUACGCUCGCAUCCUGCUCAACCGCCUCAACAACCAUCUGGAACAGGGCCUGCUGCCGGAAAGCCAAUGCGGCGUCCGUCGUCAUCGUGGGACCACGGAUAUGAUCUUCGCAGCCCGCCAACUUCAGGAGAAGUGCCAGGAGAUGCGGACCCACCUGUACUCUACCUUCGUGGACCUGACGAAAGCCUUCGACACGGUGAAUCGUGAAGGACUGUUGAAGAUCAUGCAGAAAUUCGGCUGUCCGGAGCGAUUCACUCAGAUGGUGCGUCAGCUGCACGACGGUAUAAUGGCGCGAGUCACGGACAACGGAGCUGUCUCAGAGGCAUUCGCAGUGACCGACGACGUGAAGCAGGGCUGUGUGCUGGCGCCUACCCUCUUCAGUCUUAUGUUCUCUGCUAUGCUGAUGGACGCCUACCGCAACGAACACCCUGGAAUCCGCAUCGCCUACAGAACGGACGGUCAUCUGCUGAAUCACCGGCGCAUGAACUUCCAAUCGCGUGUAUCCACAGCCACCGUGCACGAACUCCUCUUCGCUGACGACUGCGCCCUGAACACCGCCUUGGAAGAGGAGAUGCAACGGAGCAUGGACCUAUUCUCCGCCACCUGCGAGAACUUUGGGCUGGUCAUUAACACGCAGAAGACGGUGGUGAUGCACCAACCGCCGCCCAACUCAGCCACAGCCACCAACGCGCCGCCGCAAAUCAGCGUGAACGGAACCCAACUGCAAGUGGUGGAGAACUUCCCGUACCUGGGCAGUACCCUCUCCCGGAACACCAAGAUCGACGACGAAGUCGCCAACAGGAUAUCGAACGCCAGUCAAGCCUUCGGUCGUCUCCGUAGCACGGUUUGGAAUCGUCAUGGUCUCCAACUGAGCACGAAGCUGAAGAUGUACAAGGCCGUCAUCCUGCCGACGUUAUUGUACGGAGCAGAGACAUGGACGGUGUACACGAGGCAGGCACGUCGACUGAACCACUUCCACCUCAGUUGUCUCCGUUGCAUCCUGAGGCUGAACUGGCAGGAUCGAAUCCCCGACACGGAAGUACUGGAACGAACGGGAAUCCCCAGCAUCUACGUCAUACUGAAACAAAUGCAGCUGCGCUGGAGCGGCCACCUGGUGCGCAUGGACGACGAGCGACUACCCAAACGACUCUUCUACGGAUUCGUCGCGACGGGUUCUCGCCGUCAAGGAGGCCAGAUUCGCCGUUACAAGGAUACCCUGAAGUCCUCCCUGAAGCGCCUGCAAAUCAACCCGACCAACUGGGAAGAGCUCGCUCACGAUCGUCCGACAUGGAGGAGAACAGUGAAGACGGGCGCUGCUAUCUAUGAAGCCAACCGAAUCGCCGCCGCCGAAGCGAAUCGCGAAGCCCGCAAAUCAUAA